AUUUCAUUGACCUGCAUUGUUUACGUUUCAGUUGUCUCCAUGAUUGUUUCUAUGAUUUGUCUCCAUUCUAUCGAAAUCUUCGUAUGUAAAAUAAAUUAGAGUAAUAUUAAUGGCGAAUAAUUCAAGCUCUUUUACUGGCCGUAUGUUAAGACGUGCCUCCAACCGUAUAAAUUAUUACAGUGCAGGAACAGCAGACAGCAAUGAUCAUUUGAAGAGGAAAUAUAACAUACUUUGUGCUAUCGAUGAUAAAUCAGGCCAGCAAAGAAACGAUGGUAAUUCAAAGGCUCCAACAAAUCCACAAUCCAAUGUCAAGACAAUGAAGAUUGAAACGGAAGGAAACAACGAGUCUGUAAUAACUUCGCUCCCGGCAACGAUCGAUGACCUGAAUGUAGACAUAGCAGCACUAGGAAUUCAGGAAACUCCAACUCUCAAUACUCGAGAGGUCAUCAAAAUGUGUAGUCGAAUUUAUCCAAUCUUAGCUGACAUCAAGUUCGAACCUUCUCCACAUCUUAUUGAUGAUAAUAAAGAUAAUGAGAAUUUUCGUAAACUCAUCCCUAAAAAUCCAGAAGAAAUUUUUCAGACACCACCUAAACCUCCACGUCGUGUUGGAAAACCAAAUUUGGAAUCAACAAGAAAAGGAUCUCCUAAAAAUGUAAAUAAAGCUAACAGUAAUCAAAAUUCGCCUCAGGUAGAAUGCACUAUUUCACCAAUUACUAUUGAAAAUAGUCCAAUGACACAAGAACAACUAGUAGGCCGGCCAAUUAUAAUAAAAUGUCCUACUGGAAUUGAAAAUUUUUUACAUAAUCCUGUAGAACCUGAGCUAUUGUGUAAAAGUACAAUAUCUAAUGGAAACGCUCAAGAUGUAUCAAAUCCUCGUUUGAAUGUUUCUGAUUCCAUCUCAGAGAUUCCAACACCUCUUUACAGAAAAAUUAAACAAUUAUUAAUUCGUUAUGGUCGAGGAGCAAGAGAUGAAUGUGUUGUACCUCAACAACAAGAUAAUCAAGCUCUUGAUAGAACUUUUGAUCGUACAACUAAAUUUUAUCGAUCAUUAUCCCAACGAAUUAAAAGAAGACUUCGAACUGCAAUGAUUAGAGAAAGAGUCAUACAGAAUCCCACAGACCAAUUUGAUUACUCUCUACCAAAAGAUGAAUCCAAAAGAGAACAAGCUAAAGAUCUCCUUACAAAAGUUCAAAUUCAACAGACUAUCAUAAAUCAAACGAGUAAAGCAUUAGAAUUAUGCCAAUCAUUAAAAGAAUUUAUGGCAAGUACUGAAGAAGUAGAGUCACAACGAUUUCUCUUAGUUGCUGAACUAAGAAGACGAGUGUUACUUAAUAAACUUAAAUCUCUGAGUUAUGUAGAUGAUAAAAGAGUAUACAAUAUAGAAAAUUCCACUUAUAGAUGUGCCAAAGUGAGCAUAAGAAAUAUUAGAUUGACUCUUAAAAAAUGUUUAUACCGAGAACCUGAACCAGGAGAAAUUCAGGAAUGGUAUUUAGCUACUAUUAUUGAAGGAACAACUGUAUGGGCAAGUUCUGCAGUACCUUGUCCUAUCAAUAGCUAUACUUUAGACUUUCCAGAAUUUGGAUGUGUUAUGGAUAAUCUUACUCCUAAUUUUAAGGUAGUAAUAGAAAUAUAUGUAUUAAGACUGACCACUGGAAUUCCUUAUGGUCAUGAAAUUAAGUAUCACCUGGAAGAAGAGACAAAAAAUAUUACUUGUCCCACUCCUAAAAAACUAUUGAAAAGAGUUGAACGUCCGACGACACCAAGAACAGGUCCAGUUGUUUUAUCUUCAUCUUUUAAAGUUACAGGAUAUACAGAAUUUUAUCUUCGUGAUUUAUCAUUAUCAUCUCCAUGGCCUUUAGAAGAAGUUCCACCAGAUUCAAUUCUUUUAGGUACUAUUGACCUUGAGUUGAAUUGUAAUCUUCACUAUAGCAUUGAACAUCAAGGCUUUGUAACUCAGGGAAAUGAGUGUGGUGGUCUUAUAGCUUGGAAUAGAAGAUGGUGUAUUUUGAAAAGCCAUACACUACUGUUUUGGAAUUAUCCUGAAGAUCAAGAAAAUAAAAUGCCAAUGAUGGUAAUCAAUUUGAUGCAUUGUGUCUCUGAACAGAUAUCUCCUGCUCACAGAUCGCUAUGUGCCAAACCGAGAACCCUUCUUAUUGAAACAUUAAGAGUUCAACAUCCUGAUGAUACAAAUAAUUUGAUGAUGGAAUGUCAUCAAUCUUUUACAAUUAUCAAGCAUCUUUUAUCUUUUGACAGUACACGAGAACUUGUUGAUUGGAUGUCAAAACUGAAUCAUAUAUUAUCUAUUUUGCGAGAAUGGAAUUUUACAAGUACGUUACGAGUUAUCCAUCCCCCUACUUCACCACCCAUGGUUUCUGAACUAUAGAAAUCACUUUUAUAUAUAUUUGAAUGAUUUUGUCAUGAUAUAUUUUUUUUUUUAUUGUAUUCGAUUGAAAAUUAACUAUUUUCAUUUAAUUAUCAACAAUAAUUUGAUAACGAAAUUAAUUAAUUUCCACAUUGUUUUGAUGAACAUAUG